CAGACCCUCAGCAGCCGCGCAUAGUCACAUACUCAAUUUCCUCCGCGGCAUCCGCCGGCGACAGCUUCGCUGCAACAUCACUGCAACCGACGAAUAAGCCUUGUGAAUUGAAGAACUUAAUUUCUCAAGAGUAGGAAGAAAGAAGAACAAAGAAGACUGAUGUCUACCUUCAUUAGACGUGCAUUCUCCCACAGAAACCUUCUUCUCCUUCGGAGCUCUACCCUCUACGGUCGUGAUCUCUCAUGCACUAUCGAAAAUCCCAUCAACAUAUGUAACUCUAAUAUUGAGAGGGUAUUCAGUGUCCCAGCGGCUAAUUUUAUCAUAGAAAGUCGCAGAGGCUUUGCCAAGGGACGAAAGUCAAAGGAUGGAGGUGGUGUUAGUACAAUUGAAGUUCCUCCGGAUGUUGGGCCUACUAUUAAGGCAAACGCUAUUUCACAGAUGGAGGCAGCAAUGUCUGCAUUAUCAACAGAACUAAACAAGCUACGCACAGGAAGGGCAUCUCCAGGAAUGCUUGACCAUAUCAUUGUAGAAACAGGAGGGGUAAAGAUGCCUUUGAACCGAAUUGCUGUUGUUUCAGUCAUAGAUCCAAAGACCUUAUCUGUAAAUCCAUAUGAUCUACAGACACUUAAACAAUUAGAGAACGCCAUUGUUUCCUCUCCGUUGGGGUUAAAUCCUAAAGUGGAUGGUGAAAGAUUGAUCGCUGUUAUUCCACCAUUGACCAAAGAGCAUAUGCAGGCUAUGAAUAAGUUGGUCACCAAGUCAUGUGAAGAUGCCCGUCAAAGCAUUAGAAGGGCCCGACAAAAGGCAAUGGACGCAAUCAAAAAGCUAUAUUCAAGUCUCCCCAAGGAUGACAUAAAAAGAUUGGAGAAAGAAGUUGAUGAAUUGACCAAAAAAUUUAUCAAAAAUGCGGAAGAUACAUGCAAGGCAAAGGAGAAGGAAAUUAGUCAAGGUUGAGCUCUACUGGUUUUCUGAAUUUUUGUGGAGGAUUCAACAUUUCCCUUCGCCACCUAGGAUGUAUCUGACCUUAUUUAAGCGUUAUUUCAUUAGUCUUGUGAUAGAAGAUGAAUCCCUUCCGUACCUUCCGCCAUGUUGAUCUUUGAUAGGAUCUGUUACCGUUAAGAAAAUAACUGCAUAUUAGUGCAUUCGGAGAAAAAUUUAAAGAGAAAAGAUGAGCGUGAUGACUAGAGACGUAGAGUGAGCCAUAUAUAUAAUCGCACUAUUCUGUGUUCUUUCUCUCUCUAAAAGCAUAACAGGAUAUAACUAUAGGGAAUCCAAAUUUGUUGAUUUUAUUAUCAGUGAAGGAAAGAUUAUUAUGAGGGUUAGAAA